CCCACUCUUAUUAAACAGUCGCGGCUAUGGUGCGGCGGUGCUUCGGCGAUUAAAAUGCCGUGCAGCGGUGUUUCGGCGGUAGAGCAGCGAACCCACUUUUACGUAAGCAGUCGCGGCUAUGGUGCGGCGGUGCUUCGGCGACCAUAAAAAAAUUCAAAUCGUCACAGUCAUAGUGCGGCGGUGCUUCGACGAUUAAAAUGCCGUGCAGCGGUGCUUCGGCGGUGAUUCGGCUAAAUUCUGUUUUUACACGGGUGUUAUUGAAAAUGAGCUACUUAGAAAAAGUCGACAGUUACCUGGAUUCCUUGAAAGUUGGAAAAAGUGCCAUGGUAGAUUCUUGGUUCAUGAUGUCGAGCCCGAUGCCGAUACUGUCAGUAGUAGCAGUCUACCUCAUCCUGAUCAGGAUCGGACCGAGGAUCAUGAAAAAUCGACAACCGCUCCAAAUGAACAAGUUCAUGGCCUAUUACAAUGCUUCUCAAGUUCUUCUGGCAGCCAUGAUAUGUUUUAAGGUCUUCAAUCUGAAUCUGUUUAGAGAUGGAAUUGUGUAUGCAGGCUGCAGAUAUCCAUCGAAUACACAAAAUUCAAUGUUACUGGACUUGGGCUGGUGGUACUUCUUUGCAAAGUUCACUGAACUUCUAGACACUGUAUUUUUUGUGCUACGAAAGAAAAAUAAGCAGAUCACGUUUUUACACGUCUAUCAUCACGUGAUCAUGGCCCUUUAUUCCUGGAGCUAUUUAAAGUUUGCAGCUGGCGGCGAGGGUGCAGUACUGGCCCUGCUGAACUCUGUAGUGCACGUCAUCAUGUACACUUACUACCUGCUGUCCGGUCUCGGACCACGUUUCCAGAAGUAUCUAUGGUGGAAGAAAUAUGUGACCAAGAUGCAACUUAUACAAUUCGUGUUGAUGUUGGCAUAUUGCGCUUUCACACAUUUCUCACCGCGAUGCCAAUACGCCGCAGGAUUUACGUACUUCAUAUGCACUAAUAUAACAAUAUUCUUGUUUCUGUUUCUCAAUUUCUAUUCGAAGAGUUACAAAGGAAAUGAGAAGGAGCUAAAAGAAAAACAGAACCUUGAUGGAACGAAAGCUGACGGUUGCAAUAAUGGUUAUUCCGUAAAUGGUGCUUGUGGGAAUGCCUGUAAAUUUGCUAGUUUAGAAGAUGUACCGCACAAUGUUACUGUCCCGUGUGGUGAUUUCACGAAGAACGGAAAAGUCUUCCUCAGCAGACGUACUGCAAAAGCUGCCUUCGGAGACAAACUUGAUUACGAUAGUAUUAUUAAGAAAUGAAUAAGUUCCUAAUUCAAAGAGUCAUUGAGACUGAUGCUGUGAUGUGAGGGGACGUAAUAGUUGAUGUGAAUUUUAUUAAUGUAAAUGAAUGAUAUAAUUUUAAAGAAAUGAUUAAGAAAUCUUUUGAAAACGACGAAAUGACAAUUAGAUUAAACUAGAAUAUACCCAGUGAACGAGAUUCGAUCGUAAUCAUUGACACUCCAGGACUUAGUUUCGCUAAGUUUAUUACAUUUUUUUGUUUUGCUUUGAUGUUGAUAGUUAAAAAUAACUUUUUUCUUUUUUAAAUAUGAGCACUAACAAAAUAAACUACUAAUAAAAAAUAUUGAAAAUGGUACUUAUACAUCAUACAUAGUCAAAAGCAAAACAGUUCAGUACCAUAAUACAUAUAGGUACCUAUGUAUUUUAUAUUCGGUAUGUUUUGAUCGUUCGAAAGAUUUCUUCUUACGAAUAUUCUAAUUGUAAGUAUAUGAUUUAUGUUUACGUCACGAUGUUUUAAUGUAAGAACGCUAUAUACAUAUAUUAAUUGAAUAAAUUGAGGAAAAUCAGAUCAGUGAUAAAAAUUGGCCUAACCAAUUGCGUUGAAAAGCCAACCGCACAAUAAAAGGGGGUAACUCAAAUGAGCUUACUUUGAAUGCAUAAUUUUCAAUGCACGAUUUUUAAUAGGGAAUACACUUAUAGGUAAAAACUGACAAAACAUAAACCGAACCAAGCUAUCAUUUUGUUUUCAAUUCAGUGAGCUUCAAUAGUGUAGUGUUAUGGUUUAUUCACACACUUCUCACAUUAAAAUUGCAGGUAUUUUUUUAGUAGUUUAGUGUUUUUAAAUAGAAACGGUAUACUCUUAAGCUACACAUAGAAGUUAUUCUACUGCAAUUUAACCAGGAAAUUAAACAUUUGGACGUGAUUAAGCAAAAAGGUGCAAAUAAUCAUUGCGUUUGUAAAAAUUUAUUUUGUAUUUUGAACUAGUUCAGGACUAAUUUUCGUAAUGGUACGACACAGUAUAGUCUGAUUUUUCAAUGCAGGACCUACAAGGCUUUAUCAGCCAGAGCAUAAGUAUGUAAUCCAAACCAAAUUCUAACAUUACGGGCUAUCAAUAUAUUAUAAAGAUGAUUAAAAUAAUUAAUAAUUGUCGAACGCGAACGUAGAAUACUUAAAAACCAAAUAUGAUCGAACCGUGAACUAGGUAGUAAACGUAGGCUAUGUUAGAAUUAUUGGUAACGUCGUGCUAAGUCGUCGUGGCCUAGAGGAUAAGACGUCCGGUGCAUUCGUAUCUAGCGAUGCAACGGUGUUCGAAUUCCGCAGGCGGGUACCAAUUUUUCUAACGA